GGGGCUGCUGCUGGCCCUGUGCGUGCAGGCCGCCCGGCCCAUGGGCUAUUUCGAGCUGCAGCUGCGGUCGGUGCGCAACGCCAACGGGGAGCUGCUGAGCGGAGACUGCUGCGACGGCGACAGGCCCGGCCCGGCCGGGGCCUGCGGGCGCGACGAAUGCGACACCUACGUGAGGGUCUGCCUCAAGGAGUACCAGGCCAAGGUCACCGCCACCGGGGCCUGCAGCUACGGACACGGAGCCACGCCCGUCCUGGGGGGCAACACCUUCCGCCUGCCCGACCCCGGGCCCGGACGCCGAGGCCCGCGGCCCGGACGGGUGGUCAUCCCCUUCCAGUACGCCUGGCCGAGGUCCUUCACGCUGAUCAUCGAGGCCUGGGACUGGGACAACGACACCCGGAAUGGCCGUGCAGACGCCCUGCUGAUCGACAGGGUGACCCACGCGGGGCUGAUUAACCCCGAGGACCGCUGGAAGAGCCUGCAGUUCCACGGCCACGUGGUGAACCUGGAGGCCACCAUCCGGGUCAAGUGCGACGAGAACUACUACAGCACCACCUGCAACAAGUUCUGCCGGCCCCGCGACGACUUCGUGGGCCACUACAGCUGCGACCAGUACGGCAACAAGGCCUGCAUGGAGGGCUGGAUGGGCAAAGACUGCAAGCAAGCGGUUUGCAAGCAAGGGUGCAAUCUGCUGCAUGGAGGCUGCAGCGUGCCAGGAGAGUGCAAGUGUCACUACGGCUGGCAGGGUCAGUUCUGCGAUGAAUGUGUGCCCUACCCCGGCUGUCUCCGCGGGAGCUGCAGCGAGCCUUGGCAGUGCAACUGCGAGACUAACUGGGGCGGCCUGCUGUGCAACAAAGACCUGAACUAUUGCGGCAACCAUCACCCCUGCACCAACGGCGGCACCUGCAUGAACACGGAGCCGAACGAGUACCACUGCGCCUGCCCUGACGGCUACUCGGGGAAGAACUGCGAGAUCGCGGAGCACGCCUGCGUCUCCAACCCCUGUGCCAACGGGGGAGUCUGCCAUGAGGUCCCCGCGGGGUUCGAGUGCCACUGCCCCCCGGGCUGGAGCGGCCCCACCUGCGCCGUCGACAUCGACGAGUGCACCUCCAACCCCUGCGCCCAGGGGGGCACCUGCGUGGACCUGGUCAACGGCUUUGAGUGCAUCUGCCCUCAGCAGUGGGUGGGCACCACGUGCCAGCUCGAUGCUAAUGAGUGUGAGGGCAAACCCUGUCUUAAUGCUUUCUCUUGCAAAAAUCUGAUUGGUGGAUAUUUCUGUGACUGCGUCCCCGGUUGGCAAGGAGUGAAUUGUCACAUCAAUAUCAACGACUGUCGGGGGCAGUGCCAGCAUGGGGGCACGUGCAAGGAUGAGGUGAACGGGUACCAGUGCCUGUGUCCCCGGGGCUUCGUGGGCAAGAACUGUGAGGUGGAGCGGGACGAGUGUGCCAGCAACCCCUGCCAAAAUGGCGGGCUCUGCCAGGACCUGCUCAGCGCCUUCCGUUGCCGCUGCCCUCAAGGGUUUUCGGGCCUCUUCUGUGAGGUGGACAUCGACUUCUGCGAGCCAAACCCCUGCCACAACGGGGCCCGGUGCUACGAUCUGGACGGUGACUACUACUGCGCCUGCCCGGACGGCUUCACCGGCAAGAACUGCUCCCACCCAAAGGAUCCCUGCCGGAACAGCUCCUGCAAAGUGAUUGACAGCUGCGAGAUUGAAGUCUUCACCAACAUGACCCGCUUCAUCUCCUCAAACGUGUGUGGACCCCACGGGCGCUGCGUCAGCCAGCCGGGUGGCAACUUCACCUGCGCCUGCGACAGCGGCUUCACCGGAGCCUACUGCCACGAGAACAUCAACGACUGCCUGGGGCGGCCCUGCCGGAACGGCGGAACCUGUAUCGACGAGGUGGACGCGUUCAGAUGCUUCUGUCCCAGCGGCUGGGAGGGCGAGCUGUGCGAUACCAAUCUCAACGACUGCUCGCCCAACCCGUGUCACAACGGCGGCCGGUGUGUGGACCUGGUGAACGAUUUCUACUGCGAAUGCCAAGAUGGCUGGAAGGGGAAGACUUGCCAUUCCCGAGAGUACCAGUGCGAUGCCAACACCUGCAGUAACGGCGGGACUUGCUAUGACAGCGGGGACACCUUCCGCUGCGCCUGUCCUCCCGAGUGGAAGGGCAGCACCUGCAACACAGCCAGGAACAGCAGCUGCCUCCCUAACCCCUGCCUCAACGGGGCCACCUGCGUGGGCAGCGGAGAAUCCUUCUCCUGCAUCUGUCGUGAGGGCUGGGAGGGCCGCGUCUGCAGCCAGAACACCAACGAUUGCAAUCCUCACCCAUGCUACAACGGUGGCAUCUGCGUGGACGGCGUGAACUGGUUCCGCUGCGAGUGCGCUCCGGGCUUCGCCGGGCCCGACUGUCGCAUCAACAUCGACGAGUGCCAGUCUGCUCCCUGUGCCUAUGGUGCCACCUGUGUAGACGAGAUCAACGGCUUCAGGUGUACCUGUCCUCCCGGCAGGGCCGGUCCCCGCUGCCAGGAAGUGAUCGGAUUUGGGAAGUCAUGCGGAUAUCGGGGGACCCCGUUCCCCCACGGGAGCCGAUGGAGCGAAGCCUGCAAUUCCUGCCACUGUCUGGAUGGCCGCGUCGACUGCACCAAGGUUUGGUGCGGCCAGAAGCCCUGCCUGCUGCCACGGCCGCCGGACUUUAGCCGCGACCAGUGCCCCCCGGGACAAGAGUGCCGCGAGGAGGGCUACCCCAAGUGUUUCCAGCCACCCUGUGAAGCCUGGGGCCAGUGCGGGCCCGCCGUCGCCACGGAGCCCCUGCCCGCCGGCACCAAGUGCCAGCCCAACUCCGGCUUCCUGGACAACAACUGUGCUCGCGUCACCCUCAUCUUCAACCGGGACAAGGUGCCCCAGGGAGUCACGGUGGAAAACAUCUGCAGUGACAUCCGCUACCUGCCAGCUGCCCGGACCGUGUCUCGGGAGCGGAUGCUGGUGGUGUUCUGCGACCUGUCCCACAGCACCGAGAACGCGGUGGAAGUCGCCAUCUCCUUCAGCCCGUCGCAGGACGAACAGGACAACAGCCUGAUCCAGAACGCGGCCAACACGCUGGUCAAUGCCAUUACCAAGCGCCAGAACAGCACGGUGAUGCUGGCGGUCACCGAGGUCAAGGUGGAGACCAUCGUCGUGGGGAGCUCGUCCACGGACUCCCUGGUGCCGGUCCUCUGCGCCGUGUUCAGCGCCGUGUGGCUGACCUGCGUCGUGCUGUGCGUCUGGUGGACCCGCAAGAGGAGAAAAGAGCGCGAGAGGGGCCAGCUGGCGCGAGAAGAUGGCGGAGCCAGCAACCAGUGGGCCCCGCUCAACCCCAUCCGCAACCCCAUCGACCGGCCCUUCGGCAGCAAGGACGCGCCCCACGAGUGCCGGAACUUCCUGGGCCCGCCCCGCAGGGCCCGCCCCGGGGGCGGCGGCGACCACGGCGGCCGGGGCUACGAGGUGGGCGAGGACUACGACGAGGAGGACGAGGAGGACGAAGGGUCCCUGGACCGCUCGCAGGAAUCGCCCGGGAAGAAGCCCUGCCCCUCGGGGCCCCCCAAAGUGGACAACCGGGACGUCAAGAAUGUGAACGUGUCCCCCGUGGAGGUGGGGAAGGGGUAG